GUUCUGUUUGUCAGUCGCUGCUUUGUGCUUGUCUUCCAGUACAUGGGUUGUGUGGAAGUACUUCAGUCGAUGAGAGCGUUAGACUUCAACACCAGAACGCAGGUGACAAGGGAGGCAAUCAGCGUGGUCUGUGAAGCAGUGCCCGGAGCAAAAGGGGCGAUGAGGAGAAGGAAGCCUUCCAGCCGUUCCCUCAGCACCAUCCUGGGCAAGAGCAACCUGCAGUUUGCCGGCCUGCCCAUCACCCUCACCAUCACCACCAGUAGCCUCAACCUUAUGGCCCCCGACUGCAAGCAGAUAAUCGCCAACCACCACAUGCAGUCCAUAUCGUUCGCAUCAGGAGGUGAUCCAGACACGGUCGAAUACGUCGCCUACGUGGCCAAAGACCCCGUGAAUCAAAGAGCGUGUCACAUCCUGGAGUGCACGGACGGGCUGGCACAGGAUGUGAUCAGCACCAUCGGGCAGGCGUUUGAGCUGCGCUUCAAGCAGUACCUGAAGAACCCGCCCAAGCUCGUCACACCUCACGACAGGAUGGCGGGCUUCGACGCCUCGGCCUGGGACGAGGAGGAAGAGGAGCAGGUGGACCACCAGUACUACAACGACUUCCCCGGCAAGGAGCCUCCGCCCGGCGGCCUGGUGGACCAGCGCCACCGAGACGGGGCAGGGGGAGGGCGGCACGGGGCACGGCAAGUCUCACCGCAGCCCCCGAACCACCUGGGAGCCACGCUGCCCAUCGGACAGACGGCGGGGAAUCUUUACGACGACGUGCGCUCUGUCGAGUCACAGAAGCCACCGUCCAGCGUACAAGGGAGCGGGCAGCAGCGGUUUGCAGCGGGCGGGCUGCCCAGCGCGAGGUCGGGCAGCCGCACGGAUCUGUUCGAUGACCCGUCGUACGUCAACGUGCAGAGCCUGGAGAAGGGCAAGGCUCCGUCGGGGACCGGCCACACCAACGGCAGCGCCCAGAAGGACAUCUUCGACAUGAAGCCGUUCGAGGACGCGCUAAGAGGCCCCCAGCCGACCCCCCUGGCCAGCAGCCCCCCCUCACACAUCACGGCCUCUAUGGAGGAGCAGCUGCUGAAGGAGGCCUGGUACCAGGGCAAGAUGAACCGCAAGGAGGCGGAGAAGCUGCUUCGGGCCAACGGCGACUUCCUGGUCCGAGAGAGCACCACCACGCCGGGCCAGUAUGUGCUGACCGGGCUGCAGAGCGGCCAGCCAAAGCACCUGCUCCUCGUCGACCCUGAGGGCGUGGUGAGUACGGACGAAAAGGACCACAAGUUUGAGAGUGUCAGCCACCUGAUCAGCUACCACAUGGACAACCAGUUGCCCAUCAUCUCCGCGGGCAGCGAGCUGUGCCUGCAGCAGCCCGUGGAACGAAGGCCGUAGCAGGGACGUUGCCCCGGGACUGAGCGGGAAGGGACAGACAGACAGACAGACGCUUCCCGCCGGGCCCCCGCAGUUGCUGCUAGUUUGUGAACAGCUUUUCCCUUCCGCCCCGGGCAACGUUCCGGGCAGCGCUCCGGGAAUCCGGGAAUCCGGGCCGACCCGCACAGCCGGCAACUGUGGACACACGACCGCACGGCAACGCCCCAGCAACCGUGGUACGCCUCUCCCACCGCAGCCCUCUCUCAUCACCGCCACCACCUCUACCCGCUCAAUAUGGCACCUUCAUUAUCACCCUCACGGGGGUGUUGGCAGAGCUGGUCCCUCUCUGUCUCUGUCUGUCUCUCUCUCUGUCUGUCUGUCUCUC